GUGAUACUGAAAUUCCCCUGUGCUGGCGUGGAGGGAUCAGUGAGGAACGCUGAGGGGAUGAGACGGAGGAAAGUAGAUCUGUGGGACUUGAGUGAGGAAAAAGUUUGCAAGUCUGAACGGAAGGGAAAGGUGCUCCCGAGAGACGGGCUUUGGGGAGCAAAAGGAGGAGAAGACCGGCACAAUUGGAACACCCGCUGACCCACUCUGGCUCAAGCUUUCUCUCAAUAAAUCCUCAAGAUUAUGUCAGUCGGUCAGAGUCAGCCAGGGACUUCAUGCUGGUGCUGAAGGAGCUGCAGGAGCUGGGGAAGAAUGAAACUGCGUGGAGUCAGUCUGGCUGCCGGCUUGUUCUCACUGGCCCUGAGUCUUUGGGGGCAGCCGGCAGAGGCUGCGGUUUGCUAUGGGUGUUCUCCAGGGUCAAAGUGUGACUGUAGUGGUGUAAAAGGAGAAAAGGGAGAGAGAGGAUUUCCAGGUUUGGAGGGCCAUCCAGGUUUACCUGGAUUUCCAGGUCCAGAAGGGCCUCCAGGUCCUCGGGGUCAAAAGGGUGAUGAUGGAAUUCCAGGACCACCAGGACCAAAAGGAAUCAGAGGUCCUCCUGGACUUCCUGGAUUUCCAGGGACACCAGGUCUUCCUGGAAUGCCAGGCCAUGAUGGAGCCCCUGGUCCUCAAGGUAUCCCUGGAUGCAAUGGAACCAAGGGAGAACGUGGAUUUCCAGGCAGUCCCGGUUUUCCUGGGUUACAGGGUCCUCCAGGAACUCCUGGGAUUCCAGGUAUGAAGGGAGAACCAGGUAGUAUAAUUGUGUCAUUGUUGCCAGGACCAAAGGGUAACCCGGGAUAUCCAGGUCCUCCUGGAACACAAGGCCCAGCUGGUCCACAGGGAAUACCUGGGCCAAUUGGUCCCCCAGGACCACCAGGUUUGUUGGGCCCUCCUGGCCCACCAGGACCUCCAGGACCAAAGGGCAAUAUGGGCUUGAAUUUUCAGGGACCCAAAGGUGAAAAGGGUGAGCAAGGUCUUCAGGGCCCCCCUGGACCACCUGGUCAGAUCAGCGAACAGAAAAGACCGAUUGAUGUAGAAUUUCAAAAAGGAGAUCAGGGACUUCCUGGCGACCCAGGGUCUCCUGGCCCUCCAGGGACGCGUGGUCCUCCAGGUCCUCCAGGUGGUGUGAAAGGUGAGAAGGGUGAGCAAGGAGAACCAGGCAAAAGAGGUAAACCAGGAAAAGAUGGAGAGAAUGGCCAACCAGGCAUUCCAGGUUUACCUGGUGAUACUGGUUACCCUGGUGAACCAGGAAAGGAUGGUGAGAAGGGCCAAAAAGGUGACAUUGGACCCCCUGGGCCUCCAGGAUUUGUAAUUCCUAGACCUGGGACUGGUAUUACUAUAGGAGAAAAAGGAAAUAUUGGAUUACCUGGCUUACCUGGAGAAAAAGGAGAGCGAGGGUUUCCUGGAAUACAGGGUCCACCUGGCCUUCCUGGUCUUCCAGGGACUGCAGUUGUGGGUCCUCCAGGGCCCCGUGGAUUUCCUGGAGAAAGAGGCCAGAAAGGUGAUGAAGGGCCACCUGGUAUUUCUAUUCCUGGAUCUCCUGGACUUGAUGGACAGCCUGGACCUCCUGGGCUUCCAGGACCUCCUGGCCCCCCAGGCCCUCAUAUUCCUCCUGAUGAUGAGACAUGUAAACCAGGCCCUCCAGGUCCUCCAGGAACUCCAGGUGAUAAAGGACUUCCAGGAGAACAAGGACUAAAAGGUGACAAAGGUGACACCUGCUUCAACUGUAUUGGAACUGGUAUUUCAGGCCAUCCAGGCCGACCUGGUUUGCCAGGUGUCCCUGGCCCCCCAGGGUCUCUUGGUUUCCCUGGGCAGAAGGGUGAAAAAGGAGAGACGGGAGAAACUGGCUCAAAAGGAUUACCAGGCAUACCAGGAGCUCCAGGUGCUCCAGGACUUCCUGGAACUAAAGGGGAACCUGGUGACGUCUUCACUUUCCCAGGAAUGAAGGGUGAAAAAGGAGAGUUGGGUGCCCCUGGAGCUCCAGGGCUUCCUGGUUUACCCGGCACUCCUGGACAGGAUGGAUUGCCAGGUCUUCCUGGGCCCAAAGGAGAACCUGGUGGAAUUGUCUUUAAGGGUGAAAGAGGUCCCCCUGGGAACCCAGGUUUGCCAGGUCUUCCAGGGAAUAUGGGACCAAUGGGCCCUGUUGGUUUUGGCCCUCCUGGUCCGGUAGGUGAAAAAGGCAUACAAGGUGUUGCAGGAAAUCCAGGCCAGCCAGGAAUGCCAGGCCCUAAAGGUGAUCCAGGUCAGACCAUAACCCAGCCAGGAAAGCCUGGCCUGCCUGGAAACCGAGGUAGAGAUGGUGAAGUAGGUCUUCCGGGUGACCCUGGGCUCCCAGGCCAACCAGGUGUGCCAGGAAUACCUGGUAGCAAAGGAGAACCAGGUAUUCCUGGAAUCGGGCUUCCUGGACCACCUGGUCCCAAAGGUUUUCCAGGAGUUCCAGGACCUCCUGGAGUACCUGGGAUCCCUGGAAGAACUGGUCAAGAAGGCCCACCUGGGCCUCCAGGCUUUCCAGGGCCAAAGGGAGAGCCAGGAUUUGGGUUACCUGGGCCACCUGGGCCACCAGGACUCCCAGGUUUCAAAGGAACACUUGGUCCAAAAGGUGAUCGUGGUUUCCCAGGACUUCCAGGUCCUCCAGGACACACUGGCUUGGAUGGUCUACCUGGACCAAAAGGUGAUGUUGGACCAAGUGGGCAGCCUGGGCCAAUAGGACCUCCUGGGCAGCCAGGAAUUGGUGUUCAGGGACCACCAGGACUACCAGGACCACCUGGACCAAUGGGCCAACCAGGCUUACAUGGAAUACCAGGAGAAAAGGGAGAUCAAGGACCUCCUGGAUUUGAUGUUCCAGGACCUCCUGGUGAGAGGGGCAGUCCAGGGAUCCCUGGAGCACCUGGUCCUAUGGGACCUCCAGGAUCACCAGGGCUCCCAGGAAAAGCAGGUGUCCCUGGAUUCCCAGGUACCAAAGGCGAGAUGGGUAUGAUGGGACCUCCAGGCCCACAAGGACCUUUGGGAAUUCCUGGCAGGAAUGGUGCUCCUGGUUUUAAAGGUGAUAAUGGCUUACCAGGUCACCCAGGACUUCCUGGCCCUCCUGGAGAAAAAGGUGGUAAAGGAGAACCUGGUCUUCCAGGCCCUCCUGGGCCAAUGGACCCAAAUCUCCUAGCCUCAAAAGGAGAAAAGGGGGAGCCUGGCUUACCAGGUGUUCCUGGAGUCUCAGGACCAAAAGGCUAUCAGGGUUUGCCUGGAGACCCAGGGCAACCUGGACUGAGUGGACAACCUGGACUACCAGGACUACCAGGUCCCAAGGGUGACCCUGGUCUCCCGGGCCAGCCAGGACUUAUAGGACCUACUGGACUUAAAGGAAACAUAGGUGACAUGGGUUUUCCAGGUCCUCAAGGUGUGGAAGGACUCCCCGGACCUCCUGGAGUUCCGGGACAACCUGGCUCUCCAGGAUUACCUGGACAGAAAGGAGAUAAAGGUGACCCUGGCAUUUCAGGCAUUGGUCUUCCAGGUGUUGCUGGCCCAAAGGGUGAACCUGGUCAGCCUGGAAUCCCAGGGAACCCAGGCAUCAAAGGUUCUAUGGGAGUUACUGGUUUGCCUGGAUUGCCAGGAACACCUGGAGCAAAAGGACAACCUGGCCUUCCUGGAUUCCCAGGAACCCCAGGCCUUCCUGGUCCAAAAGGUAUUAGUGGGCCUCCUGGGAAUCCUGGUCUUCCUGGAGAACCUGGUCCUGUUGGUGGUGCAGGUCAUCCUGGGCCACCAGGACCUCCAGGUGAAAAAGGAACACCAGGUCAAGAUGGUAUUCCUGGACCAGCUGGACAGAAAGGUGAACCAGGUCACCCAGGCUUUGGAAUUCCAGGACCCCCUGGGCUUCCAGGACUUUCUGGUCAAAAGGGUGAUGGAGGGUUACCUGGCAUUCCAGGUAACCCUGGCCUUCCAGGUCCAAAGGGUGAACCAGGAUUUCAGGGUUUCCCUGGUGUACAGGGUCCUCCAGGCCCUCCUGGUUCUCCAGGUCCAGCUCUGGAAGGUCCUAAGGGCAACCCUGGACCCCAAGGUCCUCCUGGGAGACCAGGUCUACCAGGUCCAGAAGGUCCCCGUGGUCUUCCUGGAAAUGGAGGUAUUAAAGGAGAAAGGGGAAACCCAGGCCCACCUGGGCCACCUGGAUUUCCAGGUUCCAAAGGAGAUCAAGGAUCACCAGGACUCUUGGGUAAUCCUGGUCGGCCAGGUCUCAAUGGAAUGAAAGGAGAUCCUGGUCUUCCUGGCGUUCCAGGAUUCCCAGGUCUGAAAGGGCCCAUUGGAGUGCCUGGUUCAACUGGCCCUGAAGGGGAACCAGGACUUACUGGAGCUCCAGGUCCUCCUGGAUUGCCUGGUCCUUCAGGACAGAGUAUUAUAAUCAAAGGAGAUGCUGGUCCUCCAGGGAUCCCUGGCCAGCCUGGCUUAAAAGGUCCACCAGGAUUAUCAGGCCCUCAAGGCUUACCAGGUCCAGUUGGGCCUCCAGGGGAUCCUGGACGUAAUGGACUCCCGGGCUUUGAUGGUGCAGGAGGGCGAAAAGGAGAUACAGGUCUGCCAGGCCAGCCAGGUACCCGUGGUCUGGAUGGUCCUCCAGGACCAGAUGGGUUGCAAGGUCCACCAGGUCCCCCUGGAACCACUUCAGUUGCCCAUGGAUUUCUCAUCACACGCCACAGCCAGACAGUGGAUGCACCACAGUGUCCACAAGGAACAGUCCAGAUCUCGGAAGGAUUUUCUCUUUUGUAUGUACAAGGAAAUAAAAGAGCCCAUGGUCAAGACUUGGGGACGUCUGGCAGCUGUCUUCGUCGCUUUAGUACCAUGCCUUUCAUGUUCUGCAACAUCAAUAAUGUUUGCAAUUUUGCUUCAAGAAAUGACUAUUCUUACUGGCUUUCUACUCCAGAGCCUAUGCCAAUGAACAUGGAACCCCUGAAGGGUCAGAGCAUCAAGCCAUUCAUCAGUAGAUGUGUAGUUUGUGAAGCUCCAGCCAUGGUGAUUGCAGUUCACAGUCAGACCAUUCAGAUUCCUCACUGUCCUCAGGGAUGGGAUUCUCUGUGGAUUGGUUAUUCCUUUAUGAUGCACACAAGUGCAGGGGCAGAGGGCUCAGGUCAAGCACUGGCCUCACCUGGUUCCUGUUUGGAAGAGUUUCGUUCUGCACCCUUCAUCGAAUGUCAUGGGUUAGGAACCUGUAACUACUAUGCCAACUCCUACAGCUUUUGGCUGGCAACUGUAGAUGUAUUAGACAUGUUCAGUAAACCUCAGUCAGAAACACUGAAAGCAGGAGAUUUAAGGACACGUAUUAGCCGAUGCCAAGUAUGCAUGAAGAGAACAUAACAUUUUGAAGAAUCACUUGUGUGUUUUAAAAUGUGAUAUAUAUAUAUAUAUAUAUAUAUAUAUAUAUAUAUAUAUAUGUAUAUAUCUUAUGUAUCAAAUGCCCAGGAUGCAAUGUCUCACUCUUCCCAACUUUACCACUGCUGCCAUCAAUGGUGCUACUAUAUAUGACCAAGACAGCAUGCUGAUUAGUAACCAUGAAGAUUGAAAUGUACCUCAGCAGUGUACCAGAGAAAAACCUCUGUUAUUUUGCUGUGUGAAUUUACUUUUUGGGUUCAGAAUGACUGUUUCUGAGGAUUAUAAAAUGAUUAUAUAUUUUACCCAGUUACUAAAAUGGUACAUUUAAAAAUCAAUUAAUAGAAAAAUCAUACUGAGUAAAAUAAAAGACUGCAGCUUGGGGGAAGAAUUAUUUUUCAUGGUGCUACUAAUCCUACGAUAUCCCAAGAUUUUACUGUAAAAGUAUUAGGGUUACUGUGCUCUGUAAGUAAAGAAUGUGUAUAUUGUAUAAACAAGCUUUUAGGUAAAAAAUGUUGUCAUUUCGGUGUGACCUGGCAUGAAUCACUUUACAGAAAACAUAAGAAAGCCUAGAAUCAGACAGCAAGAUUUUAUAUGUGAGGGAAUUUAUAUUCUUACAUCAAGUUACUACUGAAGUAAAUGUAAGUUUUCUUUCCCAAUUUCUUAUUUGAUUUUUUUAUAGUGGGAAUUAAAUACAGAACCUCACACUUGACAGGCAAGGGUACUACGCUGCUGAGUUAAAUUCCCAGCCCUUAUUUCAUUAUUUUUAAAAACAGAUUGUUUUAGUCACUUUAAUCAUGAUUCUAAAAGUUCAUGUUCCAUAUCAAAUUAUAAUAUCCAAUGGAGCUAUUUCCUUUUUUUGUUGUUGUGUUCUCCAAAACACUCUUGACAAGAGAUGCCCUUGUUUUAAUAUUUUUUACAUCUUGUUUUUGUUCAUCCCAGACUGUGCAAAUUUCUCCCCAAUUUUGAAAAAUGAAAUUUUUCAAAAAAAUUUAAUAAGUCUUUUCUUGGUGCUUCUUGUGUAAAAACUCUUCUCUUGUGUUCACGCUUGUGUAAAAACUAGAAAGACAAUAAUUGGUUAAUCAUUUUUUUCAAUUACCAAAAAAAUUGGAUUUUUUUACCCUUUUUAUUUUAAACAUUUUGUUAUAGUCAUAGGAUACCUUAUUCCCUUACUUGUCACUGUCUUACUGAAUGUUUUUUAACCUACCAAUAUUGAUUUAAUUAAAAAUAUAUGUUUUAA